CUCUAUCAAAGGACCAACGAGAGGUUAUGUUUGAGAGCGCUCGUGCUUUUCGGCGCUCGAUAUUUAAUUCAGUUGCAUCACACACGAGACAAGCAGAGUAGCUUUUACACACAUCAAAGAUAAAGGUAUAAACAUUCGAGCUAUUUCGUCAAAUAACUACUCGUAGGUAGUUAUAGUAGAAAAAAGCUGCAGAGAAGAAAUACAGAUUAUGGUGAUAAUAAGUGGAGUUUUGUUGAAGAACUCACCAAAGUCGUUGUAUAAAUAUCUACUACGCGAAUGCGACAAGCUGCCAAAGGGAGCGAGCGAGUUUUACAAACAUUCCAUCAGACAGAAUUUAUAAAUUUACGUAACAGAGUUUCAAGCAACAUAUAGCAGAACCUGAUGCUGAAAGAGUUCAGCAAAUUAUGGAAAAAGCCCUCUUGGAUGCCAAGUGGAUAAUGCAAAAGUACAAGAAAGACACAACACCUGAUCCACCCAAGAAAUAAUAUCGUUAAUUUUUUUGUAAAAAUGGGUAAUUUUGAUAAUGUAGUUUCUGAGGAAUGUAGUGCUGGUGCUGCCAAUUUCUGGAAAGCCUUAGAAAUAUGGCUCAAGAGUCCUCACCUUAUUAAUCGCAGAAUUUUGGCUUCCAUGCAACUUAGCCUAUAUAGACUGAAAAAUGUUGAUAGUAUUGAAGUUUUUGAGUGGUUUACAAAUAUUGCAAAUAAACUUGUUACUGUUGUCAAUGUUGAAGAAAACAUUUUAGAUUCUUUAAAACAAAUAAAUAAAAAUAAUAUUAUUGUGGAAGCUUGCAAUGAAUUGAAAGAUAUUGAUUAUUUGCAAAGUGAAGAUAGUCCAAUUUAUCUUAGAACUGCUAAGUUGUUACCUCGUCAUGUUAAUAAAUAUGCUCAGACUUUGGAAGUUGCUUUAAUAGAUAUUAAAAGCAAUGCUGUUACUUAUUUCUUUCAUAGGUGUUGUAAUGAUGAGGAUAAAUUAUCCUUAAGUUUUGAGUAUCCAUUUCAAAUAAGGCUCGAAAAUAAUCAAGUUUCUAUUCGUGUACAAAAUUUGAAUCAUUGGAAUAAUAGUGGAAAUUUAUUAUGGUUGAAAAAUCAUUUUUUCCCCAAACUGUUAAAAUGGAUAGAAAACGAAGGUCCAAAAAAUAGUUUAGUAAAUGGAUCUCUAAAACUUAUAUCAUCAGAGAAGUACACGGAUUUAUACAAUAAUCUGAAAUUGAAAUAUGGAACAGAAAUGGUCAAGAUUUGGCCUGAGAAAACUGAUCCACUGAAAUUCGUCUUUGAAGACGUAGCAAUAGCAACAUAUCUUAUACUAUUAUGGGAAUCAGAAAGAGAAAAUUUAAAAGUCCAUGAAAAACAGUCGUUCUUAGACCUUGGUUGUGGCAAUGGCUUACUAGUACACAUUUUAAACAGUGAAGGUUAUCCAGGACUAGGAAUAGAUCUUCGUAGACGAAAAAUUUGGGACCUAUAUCCAAAAUCUACUAAUCUAGAGGUGCGUACAAUAAUUCCAUCAUCAAAAAGUUUAUUCCCAGAGACCGAUUGGUUGAUUGGAAAUCACUCGGACGAACUGACGCCCUGGAUCCCUGUGAUUGCUGCCAGAAGUUCUUAUAAAUGUCGUUUCUUUUUGUUACCAUGUUGCGCCUACGAAUUCGACGGUAAAAAGUACCAAAGGGAGAGCGCUACUGCUAGUCAAUAUUUUGAUUACAUGUUAUACAUUAAAGACGUAAGCGAAAAAUGCGGUUUCAAAACGGACAUCGACAAACUACGGAUACCCUCUACCAAGCGAAUUUGUAUAAUUGGUACCGAAAGGAAUUACGCUGAAGUCGAGAGCGUAUCUCACGAUCUGAAAAUACAAGAAAUGAUAAACAGCAGAUGCAACGAUAAAGAAAUCGAAGAUGCUUGGUCCAGCGCAUUUAAGCCGCGAGACACUGUCGAAAAAGUUCGAAAUUGCACGCAAAUUGAUAAAGGCUUGAUAUCUAGUAUAGUUGAUGUCGUGGUCUCCCUUCUGUUACGUAAGGUGCGCAGAAUCGAUUUGGGAGAAGACCCGGUCAAAACGUGGAACGCCGGUGGUGAGAUCGAAUUGCAGGAGGUAGCCACGAUGCUCGGCUCCGAUACACUUAAGGAAUUGAAAAAUGAAUGCGGAGGUUUACAGACUCUGCUGAGAAACAACGGACACAUUUUCAAAGUGGAGUCGGGAAAGGUCAGAUUUCGCAUUCCAGGAAAGGACAAAGUCGGACAGAGCAAAAAAUCUAAAAAUUCCAACGUGACGAGAAAGGUGAAGGCCUGCUGGUUUUACGAAAAUCACCCAGAUGGAUGUCCGUUGACUGACAAUGAAUGUGACUUCAAACACUCAGAAUAAAUUUAAUUUAUUAACAGUCAAU